UGCAAGAGUGCCUGUGUCACGCGUUGCAAGUGAGGGGACGUGAUUGACUGCAUGCUACCGAACCGGGGACGCAUUCUUGUCUUUAUUACACCGAAUAAAAUGGCUAAAGAGGAGGCGAAAGUCGUAAUCGUCACCGGUGCAAAUUCUGGCAUUGGCCUGAGUUUUGCUGACCGCCUUCUGACCUACGAUCCAAGUAUUGUCCUGUGCUUAGCCUGUCGCAACCCCAGCAGGGCAGACAAGGCCAAGAAGACCCUACUUACCACCCACCCAAGUGCAAGGAUAGACCUUGUACGACUAGACACCAGUGACAUCAAGGGGAUUUUUGAAACAGCCAAAAAAAUCAAGAGAAAAUAUUCUAGUAUAGACUUCCUGUACCUGAAUGCUGGCAUAAUGCCCGUCACCCAUUUGAACUGGAAACAUAUGCUCAAAUCCAUCCUCACACCACUGCAGUUGAUUGACAUGUUGACAACGGGCGAAGGCCUCCUGAAUCUCCAAGACGACGAGACUGGAGACGGACUCAAGUCCAUAUUCUGCACAAACCUCUUUGGCCAUUUUGUUCUGAUACAAGAACUGGAGGACCUCUUGUGUCAAUCCCAGGCCCGUAUCGUGUGGACAUCGUCUAGCAACGCUCACAAGAUGCAUUUCAGCCUCCAAGACAUUCAGCACAAAUAUGGAACUCAGGGAUACAGCUCAUCCAAGUAUGCCAUGGACAUACUCAACAUUGCACUGAAUGAAAAAUACAAUGAACGGGGUGUCUACAGUCACCUGACCUCACCUGGCGUCGUGGCAACCAACAUUACCAGCACUUUCUUCCCGACGUGGAUGUGGUCCAUCUUUUACCCCAUUUUCCUGCUGAUCCGAGUUUUUGCUCCAAGGUUUGUUAUUGAGCCCAGUAUAGGAGCCGAGUCCUUGUUGUGGGUGUACAGAGAAGACAGAAUCAGUAUUCGACCAGACAGAAAAUACACCAGCUACAGCUCUGCCAUCGGCAAUAGUUACAUCGUACCGGAAGAGGUUGAUUAUGAGUCCAAAGAACCAAUGAUUCUGUACAGCCAGUUAGACAAGCUUUAUAAGAGGUUCCAGGACAAGUAUAAUACAGGCAGAAACACAGAGGAACAGUGAAGAAACUGUCAGAUCCAACAUCUACUCUGUCUGGACUCAUUUUUCACCUAUCGGGGUGAAAAAGAAAAAGGAGGCUUAUACAACUCAACUUCGAUAUUUUUAAGUUGCAAUGCAGAAGUGUGCCCAUCUGCUUUUGUUAUAUGUACAAGAAAAUUCAGUGAGUGGGGUUGUGCCGCGUAUUCAGACUCGACUAUUUUUUUUUCCUGAAUAUUUCAGUUUGCCAAAUGUGACCUCACAGUUUUUGUCACUACAUUGAAGACGGAGUUAAAACCUUUGAAAUUACAUAACAUAUCUUGACCUUCAAAGCAGGGCGGUUGUAAAUAAUUUUCCAUGAUGACUUUUAUAAUAUACUUGUAUAUACAUAGAAGUAAGUGAGAGAAAAGAGGUGUUAAUGACAUAAUAUCAGGCAUGCAACCUCUUGAUGAUCUGCUAAUUUUCCUCAAUCAUCCUGACUUUCCCGUUGCACGACUCCCACAUUUACCUCGUUCUACAGAAAUUUACAUUUGUGAAAAGAAUUGUGUGUGAUUUA